UAGCCUGUAAUUCUGCACUUAGCUAUUCAAAUGCCGGGUUUUACCACAGAAUAUUAUAUUUUACAGAUGAUCGCAUGCAUUAGAUAGUAAGAAACUAUAAGAAUAGCGGAUACUGUGCGGUUUGAAUCAUGAGCGAGGAGGAAGAAGCUGUGCCGAAAAUAAGAUCGGCGUUUGAAGACCUGUGUCGAGCUCUGAACAUGGACGAGGAGGCGAGUAACGGGGCAUGGAAGAGCUAUGAGAAUAUCAGCAAAAACUAUACUCUUGAGGGCAGUGAACUACACUGGCUGGCAUGUGCCCUAUAUGUUUCCUGCAGAACGUCAGUGCCUACUGUGGGUAAAGGCAUAGCUGAAGGAAAUUAUGUGUCUCUCACACGGAUUUUACACUCUACACAACAGAGCUUAAUUGAGUUUUUCAGCAAAAUGAAGAAAUGGCAGGAUAUGGCCAACUUGCCAAAGGAAUUCCGGCAGAGUACAGAAAAGCUGGAGAGGAACUUUACUGUGACAUCUGUCAUUUUUAAGAAAUACGUCCCUAUUUUCAAAGACAUAUUUAAACCCCCCUCUGAGGAACCCCCUAGAGCUCACAGAGGCAGGAAACAAAGGCGACACCCCUGCACCGUUGCUGAGCUCUUCCACUUCUGCUGGGUCCUGUUUGUGCAUGCAAAAGGAAACUUUCCCAUGAUCAGUGAUGACCUGGUAAACUCCUAUCACCUUUUGCUCUGUGCACUUGACCUGGUUUACUCCAACGCUUUACUCUGCUCCAGCCGCAAAGAUCUGCUCAACCCUUCCUUCAAAGAAGGUAUUAGCAGUAAGGACUAUAAGCCAGGUGCAGGGCCGAUCUGCUUUAUAGAGCAGCUUUGUGAACUGCACGAUGGGCUUGUACUUGAGGCUAAAGGAGUAAAGGAACACUUCUGGAAGCCCUUUAUCAAGAAGCUGUUCGAGCGCAAGAUUUUAAAAGGAAAAGAAGAGACACUUACAGGAUUUUUGGAUCCUGCUCAUUUUGGGGACAGUCUGACAUCUCUAUACCGAGCAUACGAGGAGCACAUCCUGUCAUCAGGAGCUCUGGAUGAGCGAAUAUUUUUGGAAGAGGCAAUGAAAGAGGAUAUUGGUACCCCAGCAACAUGUCUGUGUGAAGGAAUGGAGAAUAAGGAUCGUCCUGCCAACAUUCUGCACAAAUCUCUUAGUGCAUCUGCUCUGAAAGUGUCCACUCCACUGACAGGCAGGGCGUAUUUACAGGAGAGUGGGACCAGCACUCCAGUGUCCAGAACAAUGCAAGGUGUUGCACGUCUGCACAGUCUCCUAGCAGGACUCAAACAUGGACCGAGCCAGAGACUCAGAGACACGCUUAAGGCCUGUGCAAGAAACCCCAGUGAGGCCAUUGCUGACAGACUGAAGGAGAUGUCUGAAACCUUUCUCAAGACCUACGAAACUAAAGGGGAUGAAAAUAAAAGCCUUGCAAGAGAUCUUGCAGUAAAAUACUUUUGCCUGGCUGAGGCACUCUACUACAAAACUCUGGAAGGCAUCAUUGAUCAGGAGAAGAGAAGACUUGGAGAUAGUGACCUUUCUUGUAUUCUAGAGCAAGACAUGUUUCACCGUUCUCUGAUAGCCUGCUGUUUGGAAAUUGUAAUGUUCUCCUACCACCCACCUGGUGAAUUCCAGCGGGUCCUGCAGAUUUUUGACAUUCCGCCUUACCACUUUUACAAGGUGAUUGAGGUACUGGUUCGGGCGGAAGAGGGUCUGGUUAGAGAGGUGGUAAAGCAUCUAAACCAUGUGGAGGAGCAGGUGCUGGAGAGUCUGGCAUGGAAAGAGAGUUCCCCAAUCUGGGACAGCAUCAAAGGGGCCAAGAAUCAUGUUCCAUACUGCCAAGAGGUAAUGCCGCCUCAGUACCUGGAGGAUGGAUCAGACAGCCCUCACAACCACAAAAUUAAUGAACUCGGUGCUAAAAUUGCAGGAGCAGGAAAAGGUGUGUCCCCGGCUUCGACUAGUCUUCAUAAUCGCUACAGCUCUCCUCCAACAAGCUCAGUAUGCAAACGACUUUUUGUAGACUCAGAGGCGUCCUCUGACUCUGCUGCACCUGUCAGGGUCUGCCAGCCAUCCCUGGUCAGCACUAUACCUGCAGGCCAGACUGUUGUCACGAUGGCUACUGCUACUGUUACUGCUAACAAUGGUCAGACUGUUACUAUACCUGUACAAGGUAUAGCCAAUGAGAGUGGGGGCAUUACAUUUAUUCCGGUUCCAAUGAAAAUGACUGGGCAGAGUGGAACAGGCCUACAGCCUCUUACUGCCCAGGCUUUGACUGGAACACUGAACACCCAACAGCUGACAGCCACUAUGUCUGCUGGCACUGCUCACAACAACCCAACAUCCAGUAAGCAAGCCAAGAUGAGCCCUCAGCAGGGAACUCCUCCCAACAGAGCACAAAGAACGGGAUCUCUUUGUCUGUUCUUUCGCAAGGUGUAUCACCUGGCCAGUGUGCGUCUGAGAGAUCUGUGUGCGAGGCUGGACAUUGGUACAGAUCUGCGCAGGAAGAUCUGGACCUGUUUUGAAUACUCACUGGUAAACUGCACUGAGCUGAUGAUGGAUCGACACCUCGACCAGCUGCUCAUGUGUGCCAUCUAUGUUAUGACUAAGGUAACUAAAGAGGACAAAUCGUUUCAGAACAUUAUGAAGUGCUACAGGUCUCAGCCUCAGGCCAGCAGCAGUGUGUACAGGAGUGUUUUGAUAUCCAGAAGAAGAAGACAGCAGUCAGGCAACAGUAAAAGCAGUAGACAGGAGUCGCCAUCUGAGGGAGGGCAUGAACAAGCAACAGUCAGUGAUGACAGCAGUCCAGUCUCUAUGCGUUCCACGAGUACACUGCCCCUACCUCAACCUGGCAGUGCCUCCUCUACACCAAUCUGCACCCAUGGGCCAGAGCCAGAGAAGGAGGAGGAAGAGCGAGGGGACCUGAUUCGCUUCUACAAUAAUGUCUACAUCAAACAGAUCAAACAGUUUGCCCUGCGCUACUCCUCCAGCUCUCUUAAAGCCGGGGCAGAGACGCCACCUCUGUGUCCGUAUCCAUCGCUCAGGAUCGGCUCACCACGCAGAGUUCUCCUUUCUCACAACCACUCCAUUUAUAUAUCUCCCCACAAAAGCGGCAGUCCUCUUACUCCCCGAGACAAGAUCUACUACUACAUCUGUUCCAGUCCUUCAAAUCGGCUGCAGGAGAUUAACAGUAUGCUCCGCACGGGUGAAACGCCCACCAAGAAGCGCUGCAUGGUUCUAGAGGAGGAGCAGCAGUCUCCUGCAAAGAGGCUGUGCCAGGAGAACCAAAAUGCCCUUCUCCGCCGCCUGCAGGAUGUGGCCAAUGAUCGCAACUCUUCUCAUUAAUCAGCAGACAAUCGCACAGUUCUGAGGUCCAAAUGUACAGGAUCGAACCACAUAAACAAGGCUUAUUCUUAUACACCAGGAGUUAAGAGAAUGUCACACAUUGCAAGACUCGGAUCUUGCCAAAAGAUUUUUUUUUUUUUUUUUAAUACAUUCACAUGAAGUUUUAACUAUUUUAAUACACCUGCUUAUUAUUUAACAUAGUUUAUAAAGAGCUUAUGGGAAUUUAUGCUUUAGUAUAGAGUGUAAAUACAUAUAAAUCAUAAUCUUAUAUUAAUAUA